AUGCAUGUGAGAGAUUUAUGGCGCACUGAUGGAAUGGGAAUAGAAAUAUUUCAUAGGACCAUGUCUCAUAAUCGUUUUUUGUUUCUUAUGAGAUACAUAAGAUUUGACGGUGUUAGAAACAGGCAAAUGAGAAAAGAAAUGGACAAAUUUGCCCCAAUAAAAUAUGUAUUUGGCUCAUUUGUGCAUAACUGUCAGAAGUUUUACACAGCUGGGUCAUAUGUUACAAUUGACGAAAAAGUCGAACCAUUUGGAGGACGCUGUUCAUUUCGACAGUACAUGCCAAAAAAGCCAGCUAGGUAUGGAAUAAAGACUUUCACUUUUGUUGAUGCAAGAACUUUCUUUACAACUUAA